ACACUAUAUCAUGUUUUGAAUGUUUUUGUAAUUAAAGCUAUCACAUUGAUCAAAUAAACAUUGAUUUAUUUAUCAGUUAGUUAAUUGAUAAAAACUUAUGCUUUUUAAACUGAAAUAAUUUUUACCUAGAAAUUUCUGUUUAUUCUUAGUGAAGGAAACAUAUUAAAUUAUGGCGAGCACUAUCCGAGCAGUAAAGGGAUUGGUAGCUUUGGUAACUGGUGGAGCAUCUGGUCUUGGAGAAGGAACUGCUAGACGGUUGAUUAAGCAUGGAGCUUCUGUAGUAAUAUUAGACUUGCCUUCUUCAAAUGGGCAGAAAGUUGCAGAAGAACUUGGUCAAAACUGUGCCUUUGCUCCAGCUGAUAUUACAAAAGACAGAGAUGUUGAAGAAGCACUGAAAAUUGUUAAAGCAAAAUUUCAUAAAUUAGAUGUAACUGUAAAUUGUGCAGGUAUUGGAGUUGCUUCUAAAAUUUACAAUUUCAAGAAAGACUCUCCUCAUUCCCUGGAUGAUUUUAUGAAAACUUUAAAUGUUAAUACCAUUGGAACUUUUAAUGUGAUUCGGCAAGCUGUUGGAUUGAUGGGCAAGAAUGCCCCCGAUGAGGAUGGACAGAAAGGUGUUGUAAUUAAUACAGCUAGUGUUGCUGCUUUUGAAGGGCAACGAGGACAAGUAGCUUAUUCUGCCAGCAAGGGAGGAAUAGUAGGCAUGACAUUGCCAUUGGCUAGAGAUCUUGAAUGUCAAGGAAUCCGUUGUUGUACAAUUGCUCCAGGACUAUUUGACACUCCACUGCUUGCCAAGCUGCCUGAAAAAGUGAAAAAAGAACUAGCUAAAGAUGUUCCUUUCCCACAAAGGCUUGGAAAGCCUGAUGAAUAUGCACAUUUAGUUCAGGCUAUUAUUGAAAAUCCUAUGCUAAAUGGAUGUGUUAUCAGACUAGAUGGAGCAUUAAGAAUGCAACCCUAGUUGGUUUUACUUGCUAAAUUCUUUACAAAAGACUAUUGAAAAUUGUUUGAACUUAGAUCAAAAGUUUAAAUUGCUGUGCAUUUGGUGAAUUAAUUUUGUAUUAAUUUUUAUAUAAAAAAAAGAUUAAACUUAUUAUUCAGCA